AUGCGCCGUCGAUCCGGUUGCAAGAGAUCGAGAACCGGAUGUCGCACUUGUCGGGCUCGCCGUGUGAAAUGUGAUGAAACCCCCGGCGCAUGCCAGCGAUGUACCUCCACCGGUCGCGUUUGCGAUGGCUACGAACUGCAGAGGCUUCCCUUGGUGAAAGAUUCAUGGUCCAAGAUCAGCGCUGACUUGGGGAGUGGAUUUCGAUGGACCAUCACAUCCGAUGAACGCCGCUGUUUCUCCUACUUCCAAUACCAUACGGUGCCUACCUUCCGCGAGAUGUACGACUCCUCUCUCUGGCAGCACCUAGUGCUGCAGAUGGGGCAGUCUGAGCCAGCCGUCUAUCAUGCGACCGUGGCCCUCAGCGCCAUUCACCAAGACGCCGAAGCCCGAGGGAUGCCUUUGGCUGCCAACCUGCCCGCGACGUAUCAAAGCCCCUGGCUGCGCUUUGCGCAAGAGCAGCUGGGCCGCGCCUUUCAGACCCUCACGAGGCGCCGGGCCUCACCCGAUCCCCGAUUGCGCAACGUAACCCUGCUCUGCUGUCUGCUCUUCGUCCUGUGUGACCUGCUUCAGGGGCACUACGAUGAUGCCUUUACCCAUCUUCAAAGUGGCCUGCGCAUCCUCCGCGAGCUUCAGGCGGAGCGAGAAUUGGUGGCGCUCACACCCCGGCAGGGGCGAGUUGAACGGUGUCUGGUCGCGGCCUUUGCGCAAAUCGACAUCAUUUCCGCCCACUAUGGAGUCGGAGGGCCUCUGUUAUGCAUCGAUUCCCUGCCCGGAGAGUGGCAGUUGGCACCGACUUCGGCGGCCCCCUUUGCUACCCUGGACGAUGCCUGCGCUGCCUUCAACCUUGUCACGAGUGCUGCGUAUCGUUUGGAGAACUCAUGUAUGGGGAUGUCGGAGCAGGAAAUCGCGCGCAACUACGGCACCAUUCAGUCAAACCGGCUGCGGGCCCGCUCUCUCGCAUCACGUUUCUGGCAAUCGUUCGAGCCAUUUUACCGGACCUCUUACCAUCUCCUGGAUCGUAAAGAGCAGAGGAGUGCCGAACUUCUUCACCUCCAAUACCUCGGCAUUAUGGUGUCUCUGGAAGUAAACACGCAGGGACACAACGAAGCCGUCAUGGCUUCCUUCACACCAGACCUGGAGGAGAUCGUCUCUUUUGCCGAGUCGAUUAUGGACCGGUUCCCUGAGCGUCCUACCGUCAGUAUCAACCUGGGCGUCGUUCAACCAUUGUACCUUGGGGCCAUUGCCUCUCGCGAUUAUCGCAUCCGAUGGCGAGCCAUUAAACUGCUGCGUGCGUGGCCGCAUCGCGAGGGGCCAUUCGACUCGAAUUGGAUCCUCGCACUGGCCGAGGAGACGCUGCGUUUGGAAUUGCUGGCUGAUCCGGGAGUUAGUGUGCCAGAAGAUGCUGAUUCGGCUUCGUCUCAAGACGAUGAAUUUGCGCCUAAUCGCAUGCUGCAGGACUUGACUCAACGACAUUCGCUACUCAAGCAAAUGUUGGCCCCAACGGCAGAGGAUUUGGACGAUGGAGCAUCCCCAGCAGACUUGCUAGGCUCGGUCAAAUGGGCGGCUGACUGGUCAUGCAUGCGUGUGUUUAAGGCGAGGUUUUCAGAUCACUAA